AUGGGAGUCCUCAAUAGAUACAAAAAGGCGAAGAAAGAUAAAGGGCUCAAGAAAUUGAUUUGGUUUGACAGAUGGCUGCUCAUUUGCUUUGGGCUGCCGGAAAUUCGAGAUCUUCAGGAGGAAGCUAGGUGGCUAAGAAGUGCUUUUAUGGAUGAGUCGGACGGAUCUGGCUCAGGAUCAGAUGACGAGGAUGAAGACGAAGAGGAGGAUUCUGAAGAUGAAGAAUUCGAAAAUGAAGUGGCGGAAGCAGAAGAAGAUAUUCAAGAGGCAGAAGAUGACGAUGAUGAUGGCUGCGACAUGGAUUUGUGUGAUGACGAGCAAAAUGAAAACGCGAAGGAUUUCGAAGAAAUGGAACAGGGAUAUAUUGACGAAGAUGAUGAUCGAGAAAAAGAAGAAAGCGACGAGUACGACGUUGAUGCAUUUGACAAUCCAGCUUCUAAGCACGCAGAUCACAUAGACGAUCAUGUGGAAGAUGAUGAUCAUGCUCAGAUCGAGGAAAUCCACGAAGACCCCAUCUCAGCCUCAGAUACAAUAUUGGAUUUAGACGCGUCCGUUGAACCCGUAGAAAUCAACCAUGAUUAUGUGUACAUUUAG